AUGGGCGCCCCCUGGCUCUGCGACGGCCCCGCCGGCUCCACGCCCUUCUGGGACUGGAACCUGACGUGGCACACGGAGCGCCCGGACUUCACACCCUGCUUCCAGAACACAGUCCUUGCCUGGAGCCCCUGCCUUUACCUCUGGGUGGGCUUCCCCCUCUACUUCGCCUACCUCCGCCGCCAUGAUCGGGGCUACAUCCAAAUGUCUCACCUCAAUAAAGCCAAAACGACCUUGGGCCUCGUCCUGUGGCUGGUCUGCUGGACAGACCUUUUCUACUCUUUCUGGGAAAGGAAUCACCACGUAGUACGAGCUCCAGUUUUUCUAAUUAGCCCUACCAUUUUGGGCAUAACAAUGCUACUUGCCACGUUUUUAAUACAGUACGAGAGGAUCAAAGGAGUCCAGUCCUCAGGAGUGAUGCUCCUUUUCUGGCUGAUUGCAUUCCUGUGUGCGGUCAUCGUGUUCAGAUCCAAAACGAUGCACGUCUUGUGCCCGGAUGCGGAAAUUGACGUCUUUCGCUAUUCCACUUUCUACGUCUACUUCGCUUUGGUGCUAAUUCAGUUUAUUCUGUCCUGUUUCCCGGAACGUCCGCCUUUAUUUUCCGAAAACUUUCGUGGCCCGAAUCCCUGCCCGGAAUCCGGGGCUUCCUUCCUGUCCAGGAUCACGUUUUGGUGGAUCUCGGGGCUGAUGAUUCACGGGUACCGGCAGCCGCUGGAAGCCAAAGAUUUAUGGUCUCUAAACAAGGAAGACUCGUCGGAGGAGGUGGUGCCCGGCUUGGCUGCCAACUGGGCCCAGGAGUAUGCCUGGGCCAGGAAGCUUCCAAGCCCCGUGCUCUACUCGCCCAAGAAGCCGGCCAGAGGGAGCGGCUCCAGUUCGGACGUGGCGGAGGAGGCAGAGGCCCUGAUCCUCGAACCCCCGACCAGGAGCAGGGCCCCCUCGCUCUUCCGGGUGCUCUACAAGACCUUCGGCCCCUAUUUCCUGAUGAGCUUCCUCUUCAAGGCCUUCCAUGACCUCAUGAUGUUCACAGGACCCGAACUCUUGAAGCUGCUCAUUAACUUUGUCAAUGACAAAAGCGCCCCCAUCUGGCAUGGCCUCCUCUACACCGGCCUCCUCUUUGUCGCGGCCUGCCUGCAGACGCUGGUCCUGCACCAGUACUUCCACAUCUGCUUUGUGACGGGGAUGAGGCUCAAGACCGCCGUCAUCGGGGCCAUCUACCGAAAGGCCCUGGUCAUCACCAAUUCGGCACGGAAGACGUCCACGGUGGGAGAGAUCGUCAAUCUGAUGUCGGUGGAUGCUCAGCGCUUCAUGGACCUGGCGACGUACAUCAACAUGGUGUGGUCGGCCCCCUUCCAAGUGGUGCUCGCUCUGUAUUUGCUGUGGCAGAAUUUAGGUCCCUCCGUGUUGGCUGGUGUGGCGGUCAUGCUGCUCCUGGUGCCUGUGAAUGCUGUGAUAGCAAUGAAGACCAAGACCUACCAGGUGGCUCACAUGAAGAGCAAGGACAGCCGGAUCAAGCUGAUGAACGAAAUCCUCAACGGGAUCAAAGUGCUGAAGCUUUACGCCUGGGAGCUGGCCUUCAAGCGGAAAGUCCUGGAGAUCCGGCAGGAUGAGCUGAAGGUCCUCAAGAAAUCGGCGUACCUGGCAGCCAUGGGCACCUUCACCUGGGUGUGUGCCCCGUUCCUGGUUGCUUUGUCCACCUUCGCUGUUUAUGUGUCCAUUUCGGAAAAGAACAUCCUGGAUGCCCAGAAAGCGUUUGUGUCUCUGGCAUUGUUCAACAUCCUGCGGUUCCCCCUCAACAUCCUUCCGAUGGUCGUCAGCAGCAUCGUGCAAGCCAGCGUGUCCCUGAAGCGUCUCCGGGUCUUCCUGUCCCAUGAAGAGCUGGAUCCUGACAGCGUCGUCCGGGGCACCCUCAGGAAUGCGGGCAGUAACAGCGUCAGCAUGAAGAGCGCCUCCUUCAGCUGGUCACGAACGGAGCCCCCCGUGCUGAGCAACAUCAACUUUGCCAUCCCGGACCCUUCCCUGGUGGCUGUGGUGGGCCAGGUUGGGUGCGGCAAAUCUUCCCUCCUGUCGGCUCUUCUGGGAGAAAUGGAGAAGCAGGACGGGCACGUCUCUCUUAGGGGCUCCGUGGCUUUCGUCUCUCAGCAAGCCUGGAUCCAGAACGCGACCUUGCAGGAGAACAUCCUGUUUGGGCGGGAGCUGAACGGGAGGCACUACCAGCGGGUGGUCGAGGCCUGCGCAUUGCUGCCCGACCUGGAGCUGUUCCCUUCGGGAGACCAGACGGAGAUUGGAGAGAAGGGGGUAAACCUGUCGGGUGGCCAGAAGCAGAGGGUCAGCCUGGCCCGGGCCGUCUAUGCCGACGCUGACGUUUACCUGCUGGAUGACCCCUUGUCAGCCGUGGAUGCCCACGUCGGGAAGCACAUUUUCGACAAAGUCCUCGGGCCGAAGGGCCUCCUGAAAAACAAAACUCGGAUUCUGGUGACCCACGGGGUCAGCUACCUGCCGCUGAUGGACACCAUCAUCGUGCUGUCCGAAGGCAAAAUAUCGGAGAUGGGGUCGUACCAAGAGCUGCUGAAGCAAGACCGGGCCUUUGCGGAGUUCCUGCGCACAUACGCCGGGGCGGAUCACAACCUGGCUGGCGAAGAAACACCCGGUCUGGUCACGAAGGAAGAGAAGCUGCUGGAGAACGGGGUCCUCGCCAGUGAAAACCCGGUCCAAGUGAGGAGGCAGCUCAGCAACUCCUCGACCUACAGCAGUGAGACGGAGACGUCCCUGGUGCAGAACAGCCUGGCUCAGACUCAGAAGGCGUCGGAUGGAAAGAACGCCUGGAAACUAACCGAAGCGGACACUGCCCAGACGGGGAAGGUGAAGACGACCAUCUACGGGGAGUACCUGAAAGCCAUCGGGCUGGGCAUCUCCUUCCUGAGCAUCUUCCUCUUCCUCUGCAAUCACGUGGCCUCCCUAGCGUCCAACUACUGGCUCAGCCUGUGGACCGACGACCCCGUCCUCAACGGGACGCAGCAGCACACCAACCUUCGCCUGGGGGUGUAUGGCGCCCUGGGAAUCUCUCAAGGCGUGGCUGUGUUUGGCUACUCCAUGGCGGUUUCUGUGGGGGGGAUCAUUGCUUCCCGUCGCCUCCACCUCGACCUGCUGCACAACGUCCUGCGGUGCCCGGUGAGCUUCUUCGAGCAGACGCCCAGCGGGAACCUGGUGAACCGCUUCUCCAAGGAGAUGGACAUCAUCGACUCCACCCUGCCGCAGAUCAUCAAGAUGUUCAUGGGCUCACUCUUCAACGUGCUGGGCGCCUGCGUCAUCAUCCUGCUGGCCACGCCAGUUGCAGCCGUGGUCAUCCCUCCCCUGGGACUCAUCUACUUCUUUGUGCAGCGGUUCUACGUUGCCACCUCACGCCAGUUGAAGCGCCUGGAGUCGGUCAGCCGCUCUCCAGUCUACUCGCACUUCAAUGAGACGCUCCUGGGCGUCAGUGUCAUCCGCGCCUUCGGCGAGCAGAAACGGUUCAUCCGGCAGAGUGACCUGAAAGUGGACGAAAACCAGAAGGCCUACUACCCAAGCAUCGUGGCCAACCGGUGGCUGGCCAUCCGGCUGGAGUCGGUGGGCAACUGCAUCGUCCUCUUCGCAGCCCUGUUUGCCGUCAUCGCUCGCCACGGCCUGAGUCCAGGGCUGGUGGGCCUCUCCAUCUCCUACUCGCUGCAGAUCACCACUUACUUAAACUGGCUGGUCCGUAUGUCAUCCGAGAUGGAGACCAACAUUGUAGCUGUGGAAAGAGUGAAGGAAUACUCGGAGAAGGAAAAAGAGGCCGAGUGGACCUCUGAGCGAGCUGCUGCCCGGCCCGGCUGGCCUCAGGAGGGGCGGGUGGAGUUCCGGGGCUACAGCCUUCGCUACCGGAGUGACAUGGACCCCGUGCUGCGGGACGUCUCCAUCGUGGUACACGCUGGGGAGAAAGUGGGCAUCGUCGGAAGGACCGGGGCCGGGAAGUCCUCCCUGGUGCUCGGCUUGUUUCGGAUCAAAGAGGCAGCAGAAGGAGAGAUCCUCAUUGACGGGGUUAACAUUGCCAAAAUUGGACUGCACGACCUUCGCUUCAAGAUCACCAUCAUCCCCCAGGAUCCCAUCCUGUUCUCUGGCUCCCUGCGCAUGAAUCUUGACCCUUUUGACCAGUAUUCCGAUGACGAGGUCUGGAUGUCGUUGGAGCUUGCUCACCUGAAAGCCUUCGUCUCCUCCCUUCCUGAUAAGCUCCUCCACGAGUGUUCAGAAGGUGGAGAAAACCUCAGCGUGGGUCAGCGGCAGUUGGUGUGCCUCGCUCGGGCCCUGCUGCGCAAAUCCAAAAUCCUGGUUUUGGACGAAGCCACCGCAGCGGUAGAUCUCGAGACGGACAGCCUGAUCCAGUCGACGAUACGGAUGCAGUUUGAGGGUUGCACAGUCCUGACAAUCGCACAUCGCUUGAACACCAUCAUGGACUACACACGGGUGAUCGUCCUUGAGAAAGGCAGAAUCGUGGAGUGCGGAGCUCCUGCUGACCUCAUCGAGAGCAGAGGCCUCUUCUGUGACAUGGCCAAAGAUGCCGGCUUGGUUUGACCAGGUGAAGCCGGCUUUCUCCACACACACACAC